UUGCCCCUGGGAGGGAGGGCGAGCAUCGCUCAUCGUCACUGUUGGGCGAGCCCCCAACAGGUGAGCAUCCCCCGGGCACCCGGUGCAUCCGUGAGUGAGCAUCACCCCGGGCCCGGGGGAACUGGAGCGUCCCACGGGGGAGACCCCCGCUGUCCCCCUGCCACCUCGCAGCCUGUGGCCCCCGGUGCAUGCCACGCUGCCCUGCCGCCAGCGCGUCCCCAGGUGGGUGCAUCCCCGGGCUGGGAGUGCCCGCAUGCUCCGUGACCGCCGUGGGGCAGGGCCUUGGUACGGACCCCAGAGGGGCAGCAGGGCCACUGCUGUGUCCCCAUCACUGCCGCUGCCCUGGGGACCCCCAUCUGGGCCCUGUGGCCCCACAUUUUUGGCCCUGGGGCCCCGGGGCUGAGCGGAGGCAGUGUCCUCUGUCCCAUGCUGUGUUCCCAGCAUGUCCCCAGCGAUGGAGUUCCAGGGGCUUUGGGGAGCUCAGCGCUUACGGCCACAAGAGUGGGGGGGCGAUGCAGUGGGCAGGGAGAGUCAGGGACUGUGGGGACAUCAGCCACUCUAGUGCCCCCCAGCAGUCUGGCAGCACCAGAGCCACCAGAACCACCGUCCCAGUGAUGCCUUUUUACCCUGCAGCUGCUGGUGGUUUGAAUUUGGGGUGGCAGAUGGGGCUGGAGGUUGCCCAGCGGGGUUGGAAGGGGCAGCAGGACAGUGCCAAGGACUCCUCCGGGUGACACGAAGGGGCUCUGGGGGCUGGAGGAGUCUGCAAACGCCCCCCAGACCGAGCGCACCGCCUAGGCACCGGCUCGCCUUGCUCCAUGACCGUGCGGAAAUGCAGCCGGCGGCAACACCUCUGGUCUCAGCUGUGCCACCAGGCCCCGGGGACACCGAGCCUGGCAGCCUUCCCACGGCUCCGAGCAGGGGAGCAGCUUGGUCUCCCCACGGGGAUUUCCCAUUCCACAGCCCAGCCACCCCCUGCCCACCAGCGCCUUGGUGUCGGGGGGUGUCCCCCGGGGUGUCCCCGGGGCUGCCACUGCCUGUCCCCCGCAGACAUCAUGGCUGACAAGGAGGGGGUGACGCUAUCGCUGGAGGAGGAGGAGGAGGAUGCCGACGUGGCCCUGGCGUACAAGACGCCGGAGAAGAAGAGCCUGCAGGAGAUCCAGGAGCUGGACCCAGGGGAUGAAAGCCUGCGGAAGUACAAGCAGGCGCUGCUGGGUGCCAUCCCUGCUGCCGUGGAUGCCAGCGUGCCCAACGUGCAGGUGACAAAGCUGACACUGAUGUGCGAGCAGGCACCGGGGCCCAUCACCAUGGACCUGACAGGAGACCUGGAGGAGCUGAGAGGCCGGGCCUUUGUGCUGAAGGAAGGGGUGGACUACAGGGUGAAGGUGUCCUUCAAGGUGAACAGGGAGAUCGUCUGCGGGCUGCGGUGCCUGCACCUCACCUACCGCCGGGGCCGGCCCGUGGAUCGCGAUGUUUUCAUGGUGGGCAGCUACGCGCCGCGGGCCGAGGAGUACGAGGUGGUGACGCCGGCGGAGGAGGCGCCGCGGGGAUGGCUGGCACGGGGCUCCUACCGCGUCCGCUCCCUCGUCACCGACGAUGACAAGACGGAGCACCUCUCCUGGGAGUGGGGCCUCUGCAUAAAGAAGGCUUGGGAGGACUGAGCCCGCCCCCGCACCCCGGCUCCCCCCGCCAGCUCGGGGACGCGGUGCCGCCAUCCCGGGGACCCCUCGCCGGCACCGCCGCGCUUGCCCCAAUCGCGUGAAGGGUUGAGGGGGGUCCCUUAGCGAGUGAGAGCCCGUGGUCGUGGUCUUCGCAACCAAAGUUAUUUUUAAUUGCUGUUUUUUUUUAAAUAUCGACGCCCGCCUGGUCCUCACGGCGUCCCCAUCGCUGGGGCCGGGGCUGUGACCCUGCCGUGGUGGUGCCGUGUCCGGUACCCGCCCGGUCGCAGGCUGUGCUCUUCCAUCGCCAUUAAACCCUACAGACUGGUCUCUUA